AUGUACGACGGUGUGGCAGAAACAUUGCCUGAUAGGUUCGUCCGACGUGGCCGAGCGUCCAAGCCCGGGGAGGAAUGGGAUGUUUCGGACGUUGAACCAGAGGAAGUGGGCGCUUGGCUCGACUCGACGGGCAAGGGGCCUGCAUGGUCCUUGCUUCACUGUGAUGAAGGCCGAAGGAUCCGCAAGUAUCUCGAUCCGGGCACUGUCAACGAUCUUUACCAACAUUACUUGGCCUGUCGAAUGAUGUACAGCACUUUCUUGCGAGUGUACCAGUCGCGCUGGAGUGAUAUUCUGAAGUUUCGCAACAAGACCUUGUUUUCUCAGUGCGAGCUCUGUUUUCAAUUCAAGAAGGCUCUGGCAAACCCCCGAGCAACUGUCGAGUUUAAGCUGGGGCAAAUGGUGCACUACCGAGCCCAUCUCCAUGGCCAGUUCAGUGAUCGCAGCGUGCUGUGGACUCUGGGUGAGCUGGCCGCGCUAGAUGAAUGCAACAUCAUCGUUGCAUCCAUGGAUGGCAUGGAUCAAGCCAAGUUCCGGCUGCCGAGAGAUCCAUCACUGAGAUCGAGUGCCACUUUGUCGCUUGGCCUCUCCCGACUUCAUGUUGCCAUGACCCAGUCAACGCAUCAUUUUACGACCAAGAGCUUGCAUUGCAAGGUCUUCUUUGGUGCGUCCCAAGCUCACGGUGCACGGGUUCUGGGCAACAG